AUGUUUGACUCAAAUUAUAUCAAAAUUCGACUAGAUUCUGAGGAUUCACUCCAGUGGCUAUCCCAAACUCAUAAAUUUCAGGUUGAAUCGGGGCGAGCCGCAACUAACUAUCUGUCUGUGUUCGCCAACGAGAUGAAGCAAUACCGUACAUCGUUUCGCAAGCUUUUCUGCCAUGACUGGGUAUGCAUACCGCUCGUCUACACACAGGUCGCUUCGCUAGCUACCUAUUCCUUCUUCGUGUUCUGCCUCUUUGGACGGCAGCACUUCGAUCCUGAGCAUGGUUUCGAUACCGUUUUUCCAAUAUUUACGGUCGUCCAAUUCCUUUUUUACGUUGGAUGGUACAAGGUCGGGCAGGAUCUAAUGCGGCCGUUCGGCUUGGAUGAUGAUGACAUCGAGCUAAGUUACAUUCUCGAUCGCAAUCUAGUUAUUUCGUUCGCAAUUGUGGACUUUGUACAGACAGAUCCUGCUCCGGUUUUUGAGGAGGACGUCUACUGGCGUCAUUUGGAACACGCGUGCAACCUUCCGAAAGAUUCUGAGUUGAAAUUUGGUCGAAUCGAUCUCUCUCGGGCUGCUCACAAGCAUCCGCCGAAGCUGCACACUUACAUACAAGUUCGUCGAGAAGAAAAGGCACUGAUGGCAGAUAAGCUUCUCUGA